GUUGGAGUAGAGCACCAUGGGAGGGUGCUGUUCCAAGGCUGCUGGAGGUAACAGUGGCGUGGUUCCAGGCAGUGACGGAGCCGUAAUGCAAGCUGUCGAUGGGAGCUUGACACCUCGGUACGAGUUUGACGGCUCUCGGCUUCGAGUCGCUGGCGUCACUGCCAUCCCUCCAUCAAUUGUGGAAAAGUACUCGCAGACAACCUCGUUUGUCGAUCUAUCUUCCUGUGGUCUCCUCGACGUCAGCUCGCUUGAGCAUUUGCAAGACUUUCCGCGUCUGACAGGCCUGGCACUUGCCGACAAUGCACUGGACACGCUUGUCGCCUUUCCGAACCUGCUCCGGCUGACGGAUCUGGACCUGUCGCGCAACGCGCUCGGCGACGUGCACGAGAUGGUGACGCUUCUCAGCUCCAAGACGCCUGCGCUCAAGACACUCGACUCGCGGAUGAACCCGUGCUGUCCGCACCCGCGCUACCAGGUUGACAAGACUGACGCAGACUACAACAUCUACCGCAACUAUGUCCUCACCCGCCUCCACUCGCUCGAGCUUCUCGACGAGCAAGAGGUGACCGAGGCCGAGCGUGAGGCCGCCCGCGCCAUUGGCCGCCUCAUGGGCAAGGGCACCGAGCUCACCCCGCUCGCCACCGGUAGCGCCGGUGAGCCCGACGCUCACGGUGGCUCGCUCCUGCAUGCUGCCACAGACACCUCGCUUGCCAUGCGCGAUCCCGAGACCGGCGCCCUCCUCACCCACGAGCAGGCCCUCAUCCUCAAGCGCCGAUCGCUGCACAAGAUCCGCCGUGAGGUCACCGCCGCCGCUGCAGGCAACGCCGCGCCUGGCUCGUCCGGCGGCGACGUUUCGGACGAGUCGCGGCGCAUGGUGCGGUCGCUGUCCACGACCACCUCGUCCGACUUUGUCGAGACCAUGCUCUCGUCCAUGGACAUUGUCCACUACCAAGAGGGCGACCUCAUUGUUCGCCGUGGCGACGUCGGCUCGGCCAUGUUCUUCAUCAUCGCUGGCACUGUUGAGAUCAUUCUUCCCGACCGCGCUGAGGGUGAGCAGCGCCCAAACCCGACCUGUGCCUCGGGCGACUUUUUCGGCGAGAUCGCCAUGUUUCUCGAGCGCAAGCGGACAGCCUCAGUCCGUGCCGCCACAGACGUCGACGUCUGUGUCCUCACUAAGGACAUGUGCGAGGCCGUCCUCUUCCAGUAUCCGCUCAUCCAUCACGAGUUCCUAAUGCUCGCCCAGAACAGGCUGCAGGCCGAUCUCGACGGCCAGGGCUCUGCCGCCCAUGCCACGCCGGCGUGGAUGAAGUCCGUCGCCCACGCCGUCGAGAACAUGGCUUCGCCGUCCAGCUCCCCGUCAGGCGCAUCCCGUCCGCGCGCCGGCCCGAAUGCUGGAUCAGUCCGAUCACACGCUGAAGCCGGCUCUGCCACCGCUUCGGGCGACGCCCUCGUCGCUGCCUCGGUAUCAACAGCAGACAUUCACGAGCAGCGCCGCAAGCUCCGCAUGGGCGCUCUCCAUCGCCAGUUUGAAGAGUGGGACGUCGAGCAGAACAAGAACACCACCCACCGCCGCAAGAUGAAGGCCCACAAGCGCAAGUGGUUCUCCAUCAACGUCGCGCGCGGCAUUGACCAGUACGACAUUCCCAAGUUUCUUAAGGAAGUCCUUGGCUCGAUGAUCACCCAGCACUACGAGGGCGGUGACUACAUUGUCCGCCGCGGCGAGCGCGGCUCGUCCAUGUUUUUCAUUGCCCGCGGUGUCGUCGACAUCGAGUUCGACGCCCCUGCCGACGGCUCGGCAAAGCGCGAGAACGUUACCCUCGGCGCUGGCGACUUUUUCGGCGAAAUCGCCAUGUUUAUUGAGGGCAAGCGGACCGCCUCGGUCGUCGCGCGCACCGAAGUCGACCUCUCCGUCCUCACCAAGAAGGUCAUGGACUCGGUCCUCUCCAAGUACCCCAUGAUCAAGGAGGAAUUUGUUCUCCUCGGCCAGGAGCGUCUCCGCAAGGACCAGCAGUGGGCCUCCAUUGUCGGCGGCGAGCCCAAGAAGCCACACAACUGGAUGGAGAAGAUUUCCCGCCGUGCAGGUACCCUCUUCCUCAAGGCAAAGUCCGGUACCGCAGACGACGCAGACGGUAUGCCCGAAGGCGCACUCUCGCUCGCUGCCAUCUCACCCUCGGGCUCCCAGCUUGCCACCGCACUCAAGUCCAAGCGCGACGAGGUUAUCUCGCUCAUGCGCCAGUGCUACGUCCUCUUCGACUUUGAGGAUCCGCAGGCCGACCCACAGGGCAAGGCCCACAAGCAGCGUGCGCUCCUCACCUUGGCAGAGGUCUACGGCACAGGCACCGACGUCGCCAUCGACGAAAUGGAGUACCCCGUCCUCCUCUCGCUCCUCCGCGCAAACCUCCUCUUUGAGCGCCCGCGCCCACCGGGCCUUGUCACCGAGCUCCAUGCCGCAGACUUUGACUUUACUGACGAGCCGGAGCCGGCCCUCCUCAAGUCGUGGCCGCACGUUGAGGUUGUUUACCACAUCUUCAAGUCGUUCCUCAAGCACCCGUCGUUCUCGGUCACCCUUGCCAAGGAGUACAUCACGCGCGACUUUGUCGCAGAGCUUCUCGACCUCCUCAACUCUUACGACGCCGACGAGCGCAACGCGGUCAAGGACGUUCUCGUUGUUGUCUACUCGACAUGUACCUACCUUCAGCGGUUCCUCCGCGACUCGAUAGCCCACGUCAUCCUCACGUUUGUGUACGAGAACGAGCUCCACGCAGGUCCGGGCGAGCUCAUUAAGCUCGUCCACGAGGCCGGCAUGCUCGCUCACUUUGGCAAUCCACCCGCGCCUGACGGUGUCCACUACAUCUCCUCGGUUGUCUUUGCCCUCUUCAAGUCGGCCCAGCUCAUCCGGUUUAUCGAUCCCCUGCUGGAUCUAGUCAACGAUGCCGUCCUUCCGCUGGCGGUUCUGGCCCGCACCUCGGCUGCCAAGGAGGAGCUGUUCCUCCGUCAGGUUGGUGCAGUCUUUGACACGCUCGGCCCCGCCGGUGCUCUUGCCCUGCCGGAGCCCACCCGGGCCGCCGCCCUUGAGCGCGUUGCACUCUGCAUCGAGUCGCCGCAGCUGCAGGUUGCAGAGCGUGCACUCAACAUGCUCGGCACAGAGGCCUUUGAGGCCGUCGUCAACGCAAACCUCCGCUCUGCUCUUCCCGCGCUCAUUGGCCCGCUCUACCGCAACUCGCGCUCGCACUGGGACCGCUACAUCAACUCGCUCACCUACGACCGCCUGCAAGCCAUCAUGGAGCUCGACAAGAUGGCCUUUGCCACUGCUCUGCAGGACUAUGCCAAAACCGAAAUCGCCCUUGGCGGCGACGUCUGUUCCGGGAUCGGCCAUCUCUGCAUCCUUGCCGCGCAAUGCUGGCGUCCUCUCGCCGCCACAUUGCUCGCCACAACCAUCGGCGUCGGCGUCGGCGUCGGCGUCAUCAUCACCAUCGGCAUCCGCAUCUUCUUCAUCCACAACAUCGGCAUCGUCGCCAAGGUUGACGCCGUCGCUGCACGAGGGCGGAUCCUGUGA